AUGGCCCAAGUCACGCUUACACGGCAGUCGAUUAUGAGCGCGAGUGGAUAUAAGGAUAUGAGACCUUGCGCCCAGCAAUGUUUCCAUAGUUCUGGCCUUUGUUCAGACGACCUACUCGGGGGGGCACUUGGUUGUCAAGCUGGCUGUAGCGCUUUCGCGUUAAACUCCUGCUAUUGCAGACCGGAUCUGCAACCACUCGCCGCCGCAUAUCUUCCAACGUGUAUAACGUCAGAGUGUACUCUUGGGGGAGAUCUGAACGUCGAGGUGACUGGCGCACUUUCUGUCUAUGGGGGAUAUUGUGCUUCACAGGGUCUGACGGCAGCUCAAAUAACGAAUCCAUCUGUCACGGAAACGCCUCGGCCGAGUCCGGGAAAUGGAACACCACCGCCAGCUGCUACUGUCACAAGUAUUGUGUAUGUAAAAGUCAACUCCGGGAUUUCCCUUCCUCUCCCAAAUCCAGUAGUACCGGUAUUCAUAUCUGUAAGAGACGCUUUAGCUUUUGGAUCUGUGAAAUCGCUGACCUUGACUUUUAUGCGUAGCUCAUCACCAUCCUCUUCAUCUCGUUCGACGUCUAACAGUGUCGGGACAUCGACCUCUGAUAGAACAACACCGGCCACGCGAACAGUUCCACCAGGCAUGGAAAAUGCAAUAACAACUUCACUGCCCAUUGAGAGCACAGUGUCACCGUCUUCGAGCAACAACGAUAAUGGGUUGAGCCGUGCAGAUAAGAUCGCCAUUGGGUUAGGGACGUCUAUACCGUUACUAGCGCUGUUACUAGCGUAUUUGACAUAUAGACUUGCGUGGUUGACAUAUAAGGAAGCAAGAAGAGCGAACGAGGAUAAGAACAGAGACAACGAGCUUGUAGAACAGAGGCCAACAACCUUCACAAGCUUGUUCGUACCAUAA